GUACUUUGGUCAAGGAUAUGGUCCGUAUGUUUAUGAUGAUGUUGCUUGUUCAUCUGCUGAGACUUCACUGAUAUCUUGUAAUUCAAGAGCAUUAGGAUCAACUAACUGUGCUGGUAGCAAUGACGCUGGAAUUGGAUGCUCUGGUACCAUAACUUCUUCUUGUACUAAUGGUGCUGUAAAACUAUGGCGUCCAAGUGAUGGUCCAGAGUAUUUUGGACUAGCUCUGUAUUGCAAGAACAGCAGGUGGACUGGAGUCUGUGAUGAUAGCUUUACCUGCCACACUGCUAGACUUAUAUGUGAACAGCUGGGCUACCCUGGAGCUCUUUAUUAUAGGGGUGAAGGUUAUUGGGGAUAUUUCUACAGUACACUAGGGAACAAUGGUGUUGAUCAUUAUGCUUGCUGCAAUGCUUAUCAUGACCAGUUUGGUAUCAUGUGUACCCCAAAAGAUCAAAAAUCAGAGUGUACUACUGGUACUGUUAGGCUGGUCAAUGGUACUAGCAGUAACAAUGGAAGAGUAGAGUAUUGCUUUGAUGGCGGCUGGGCUUCACUCUGUGGCCUAUCAGCUCCAGCUUCUACUGCAGUCUGUAGAACACUGGGAUUCAACACAAGCUUUGCUUCUAUCUACAAUGAUGAAAGAUAUGGAAGGAAUAAUAACCCAAGCAGUCUCAGCUACUUAAGUUGCCCCACUUCGGCUACCCACGUGAACCAGUGUACCGCCAUACGUAAAGGUAACGGUGGUUGCUGGCGCAGCGUCUCAAGAUGUGGCAAAGAAUACUCAGUCCAAUGUUACAAUAAUAUUGGUGAAUGCACUGAGGGUAGUUUUAGACUUGUGAAUGGAACAAUAGAGCAGGAAGGAAGAGUAGAGAUAUGUACUAAUGGCCUCUGGGGUGCUAUCUGUCACGGAAGCUGGAACUCCAUUGAUGCUUUUGUAUUGUGCAGGUCACUAGGAUAUGGAGGAUCAGGUCCUACAACUUAUUGGACUUCAACAUUUGGUCUUGCCACUGGCCCAGCUCCAUGGAAGAAUGUCCUAUGCUAUGGGUGGGAGAACACACUCUUUGACUGUCAGAAGACAAUAUAUCCUUAUGACAGUUGCCCUGUUCAGAACACUGUCGGUGUAGCCUGCAAAGAUGGUUGUGCCAAUGGUCAAGUGAGGCUGGUUGGUGGUAACUUUGAGAACGAAGGGACAAUACAAGUUUGUUAUAGUGGAAGGUGGGGACAGGUAUCUGAUCAGGGAUGGGACGCCAAUGGUGCUAGAGUAGUGUGUAAUCAACUAGGAUACACUGGAGGAAAUGCUGUUCCUACUACUGGUUCGUCUUAUGGUAAAUCCAACCUCACCAUUCAUCUCAAGUUUGUCGCUUGCUCUGGGAAUGAGAUUAACAUUGAUCUUUGUUCCAAGACAAAGCUCUCACUAAACAACGGCAAGAAGGAACUAGUCACUGCUCAAGUGGCUGGUGUAGACUGCAUUUAUGAUGCACCAACUGAUCCACCUUGCAUUGCUACUCCUCCUCUAUACAAUACACAAGGAAGUCAGUGUGGAGCUGCUCAGAACAGAACUGUUAGGAUGAAUCCUGACGAUCCACCUGGUAAUGGUCGCGUACAGUAUUGCUACAAUGGAUACUGGUCCCCAUUCUGUAACAUGGACCCAAUCACUGCUUCCAUUGCAUGCAAUGAUCUAGGGUAUACUUCAUACUCAUGGGGCUCUAUAAUUGAUAAUGGGAAUUAUGCUACACCAAAUUUAAUGAACAUUAGUUUGUUUGACAGA